AUGGUAGAGAAUCGAAAUCUGGAUCAAAUUUUAAUUGAUGAAGAAGAGAUGGAGGAGGAUGAAGAACUUGAGAAAUUGUCAACAGAAUGGAUUGCGGAAGUUAACUUGAAGGUGCAAUCAAGCCUGGCUUCCUCCCAAACCUGCAUAGAUUAUCUAUAUUUCCUAUCCAAAGCCCUGUUUCGCCUUCAACGUAGACAUUUAAAAUCAAGAUCAACAGAACCUGGCGAUAAACAACCCACUGGCAAACGGUGGAAGCAGAAAAAGAUGGAAUCCAAAUCGCUCGUGUAUUUCCAGGAUAUGCAACCAAUGAGCACUGCAACAAUGCUGGAACCACACAUUGCAAAACAGUUGGAAGCAGCAGUGGGAGAGAUUAAUAUUGUAUUCACAAACAUCACAAAGUAUCUUCCUUUCAAGAAGGUCCAGACAAUUGCCUUCAGAUACAUUGGAAAAUUCAUAGGGAAUCUUUACAAGGCAUUUCUCGCUCGUUCACAUGAAUAUUUUGAGGUGGAAAAUGAACUAAGAAAGGCUGAUUCUUUUGGAUCCCAGAGAUCUGAAGGUAAUCUGGUUACUGAGGUGAAAGGUCUUCAAGAACACAGCUGUGCCCUCAAAACACGGGCAGAAUUAGCGGAAUAUCAUUACAGGGAGGUGUCCAGCAUGAACCGUGACCUGGAAAAAAACAUCAAAUGUUUGAGGUCCAAAAUUGAGCAGCUACAAAAUGGUGAGAAAGUCACUGCUGAUUUGCUAGUGAGCGCAAAGCAGGUGAGCAAAACAAGUAAAAGUAAAGCACUGGUGAAAAAAUCAAAACAUCUCUCCAGUGAGGAGCCCAAAAAUAUUAUUUUUGACAGGCAUGAUACAACUACAGACCAAAGGGUUAUCCCAGGGGAAAACAUUCCCAUUGGAGAAUCAGAGGAACAAAAGGCUGGCCCGGAAGUAUCCAAGAAGGAAAACAUUCCCUUUGAUGAACCUACAGGGGAAAGUAUUCCCAAGGAACUUACCAUUGGAAGGAUAACUCCAAUACAAACCAAAUUCGAAACAGUGCUUAGUGAAGCAGUGAAGGGAAAAAUGUUUAAAUCCAACUCGAAUGCAGGAAAGAAUCAGAGAGCAUGGGUUCAGAAAGAAGAAUUGAAGACUCAAGCUCAGCAGAUGGUUGUGGAUUUGCUGACAGAUUUUCAAACUGCUGUUUUGUAUUCACUGGACCAUGGGUUACGCAGUGGCAAAGACCUUGCACCAGAUGAUAUCUGUAAGGUGCAUGCUCUUCUCAAGUCUGAGGAGUUAAAGAAUCUUUAUGAAGUGAUUGAGAAAACAAUCAAAGAAAUCUCAAUGCAGAAGCUCAAACAAGAGCCAAAAGAGCAACCUGUUCAAGAUAGAAAGCCACUGGAAGAAAACUUGGCAGAGAUAUCAAAGGAAAGGGAACCUGAUUUAACCAAUUUUGCUGAACUUCUCGAGGAAGUAUCCAGAUUUGGAAUUAUUCAAGAGAUUGCCCUCGAUGAAUUGAGUGCCCAAGUUCAAUAUUUAAUCGAAGAAGCCAAACAGGACCAGAGCUUGUCACAGGAAGAAACACACUUCCAUGAAAAGACCCUGCAAGCCUUGGACACAAUUCUAACACUGGAGAAAAUGUCCUCUCGGGCUGGAAUGGAUCAGUUAAUUAGGAUUCGAGAGACAAUCAGUAACAUAUAUUCCAGCAACAGUGCCCUUGAGCUUAAUAAAAAGGAAGUAAAACUGCAGGCAGAAUGUUACAAGGAAGGGGCUUCUCUCCCUGAAACUCCAUCAGCAACACCAGCAAAAAUAAUUCAACCCAGCGGAAAUGUCCUCCAGGCUGCCGAAGGCGAGAAAGUAGUGGACUUGUCAUAUAUUGUGAACGUGACAUAUCUCCGAUCAACCUGUAAAACUUUGGACCAAGCAGUAUGCGAUGGCAUCAUUUCCAGACAACUCCAUACCACCGCUACACACCUGAUACACAAAACGCUAUCAAUAAUUCAGCUCCGACUGGCUUAUCUGUUUCGAAAGUACAUGGCUUUCCGACAGAUCGAAAUCUUUAGAAAGUACUUGAACAGCAGAUUGUUGGAUCUAAGCAAUAAGGAUGAUGAGGUUCCUAAGGCGCUGUACAGAUUUGCCAGCAGACUCAAAACACGUUUAAUAUCCACCAUGCGGCACUGGGAAACAAGACAGCAACUGAUUAACCAGAGUCGCCAAAGACAUUUGAAUCAAAUGAUCAAUGUAUUCAGUCAGGUUAAACACCACACGGGCCUAGUGUUGCUCAGUCCAUUUCUGGCCACCAGAUCACCAGACACAAAGAUGCGGAAGCAGUUUGGACCCCCGUUCCAGCCAACACUAGUGGUGGCAUCUGAGAGACCGUGUUGUCCCCAUGGUCAAGGCAAUGGUACCCCAUCCACUUUGCUCAGAACAAGGAACACCCAUUUAUGGUCAACAAAUAUUGUGGAUGGAAGUUUUCCAAUUGCCAAGAAGGACCCUGCUACCCCGGUUAUGUUUCCAGCGACUCCUAAAUUAGUGACAAUGGAUGGCAGAAAGAAUUCUUUUCGGCAAAUGGUGACGAACACGCAAAUGAGUAUUGUGGGAGAGAGCCUACACAUACCAACAAAGAGCCUUCCUAUCCCGUCGGAAUCAUAUGUCCCAUUGUUCUUGGACAAAAAUAUGGCCUUUGCCAUCGCCACAUCUUCAAACAAGUUUAAUUUCUUUCAGCAGGCGUAAAUAUGUUGUUGCAAUGACAGUUGGGCUUCCCUAUAAGAGUCAUGCU